AUGCCGACCAAUUCUAAGUCAAGAAUUGGAAUUGAAUUGGUUGGACUUGGAAUUGGUGCAUCCCUACGGCGAAGUGGUAUUCAUGGUGGUAGUUAUCUUGGUGAUAUAGCUAUUGACGAUCUUAUUGUACUAUCUAAUUUGCAGUGUACAAUUCCAACAACUACAACUACAACUUCAACAUCAACAACACUGCAUACAGGUGCAUCAACAGCUUCUACAACAACAUCAUACAUAGGUCCACAAACAACAAUAACUGAAACUCCAUUUCCAGACGUGUUAACAACUACUUAUGCUGAAUGUGCUGAACACGCUUAUUAUAAUGGUGCUAUUUGCAAACCACAAGUUGGUAAACCACUUUGCGAAUGUGUAACUGGUUUCAAUGAUCCACAAUAUGAAAAUAAAGAGUCAUUAUCAAACACUAAUCAUUGUAAAGUCGAAAUUUCAAUUACACAAUUUGUUGAUUCAUCACCAAAAAAUUCGAUUAAAAAUCCUGCCUAUAGCGACACCGAAAUAGUAAAUGCUUAA